AUCGACUUGUUCUCGAACUAAAACUACCACCUCUGGAUGCAUACUAUAAGUUGAGACACAUUAUUGAAGAAAUUAAUGGCCUCAUUGCUUUGUACUCAGACUCAGAAAAUCCAUCAUUUGUCUCACCUGCCUUGGGAAACGUAUGUUUUGCUAGCUCUGAGUACAAUGUUUGUUUUACAUUAAAAUCAUUUGCCGCACUUUAUGCCCGAAAUCACCCAACACUCAAUGCUACUGAAUUUGCAAAGAGGUUAUGGGGUGAUGUAUAUUUUAAUUCAAAAACACGAAAGUUUACAAAGAAACCUCCGCACAAUACAGCUCAACGUAGUUUUAUCGAAUUUAUAUUGGAACCGCUAUACAAGAUAUUCGCUCAGGUCGUUGGAGAUGUUGACACUACUUUACCGGAUGUUCUUGACGAGCUUGGAAUCCGGCUAACCUCUGAAGAGAUGAAAAUGAAUAUCAGACCACUAUUGAGAUUGGUUUGCACUAGAUUUCUUGGAGAUAUGUGUGGAUUGGUUGAUAUGUGUGUCGCUCAUGUUCCGAGUCCACUGGUCCAUGCACCUGUUAAAGUUCAACAUGUUUACACUGGGCCUGUAGAUUCGCCAUUGGCUCAAGAUAUGAUCAACUGUGAUCCAGAUGGGCGGUUAAUGAUUCAUAGUACGAAAAUGUAUCCGACCGAGGAUUGUACGCUCUUCGUAGUCCUAGGGAGAGUGAUGUCUGGUACUUUGGAAGCUAAUCAACGUGUCCGAGUUCUUGGUGAAGCGUAUUCCAGAGCAGACGAAGAAGAUUCUCGGAUCCUCACAGUGGGACGGCUUUGGAUCAGUGAAGCCCGAUAUUCUAUAGAAUUGAAUCGCGUGCCAGCCGGUAACUGGGUCCUUAUAGAAGGUAUUGAUAGACCCAUAGUAAAGACCAGUACUAUAACGGAUCUGAUUGCGUCCGACGAUCUCCAUAUAUUUCGACCACUGAAAUUCAACACUCAGAGUGUUAUUAAGAUUGCAGUGGAACCAGUGAAUCCUUCGGAAUUACCAAAAAUGCUGGAUGGUCUACGAAAAGUGAAUAAAAGUUAUCCGUUGUUAGGAACAAGAGUAGAGGAGAGCGGGGAGCAUGUGGUUCUCGGUACUGGUGAACUUUAUUUGGAUUGCGCAAUGCACGAUUUGAGAAGAAUGUAUUCCGAAAUUGAUAUCAAAGUAGCUGAUCCUGUGGUGGCAUUCGCUGAGACUGUUGUCGAAACAAGUUCAUUAAAAUGUUUUGCGGAGACACCGAAUAAACGCAAUAAACUUACAAUGAUAGCUGAACCAUUGGAAAGAGGUCUUGCCGAAGAUAUCGAAGCUGAACAUGUGCGGAUAACAUGGAACAAGAAGAGGUUAGGUGAAUUUUUCCAAACGAAGUACGAUUGGGAUUUAUUGGCGGCGAGAAGUAUAUGGGCAUUUGGACCCGAUUCGACAGGACCGAAUAUUCUCGUAGAUGAUACUUUACCUUCGGAGGUGGACAAAACGUUAUUGAAUAGUGCUCGAGAUGCAAUUAUUCAAGGAUUUCAGUGGGGUACACGAGAAGGUCCUUUAUGCGAAGAACCUAUUCGCAACGUCAAAUUUAAAAUACUUGACGCUGUGAUUGCUCAGGAACCUCUUCAUCGUGGAGGAGGGCAGAUUAUUCCAACCGCAAGAAGAGUUGCAUAUUCUGCUUUUUUAAUGGCAACGCCACGAUUAAUGGAACCCUAUCUCUUUGUUGAAGUCCAAGCACCAGCAGACUGUGUUUCUGCAGUGUACACCGUACUAGCAAAACGAAGAGGGCAUGUAACGCAAGAUGCACCAGUUCCAGGUAGUCCGCUUUACACCAUAAAGGCUUUUAUUCCGGCCAUUGACAGUUUCGGUUUUGAAACGGACUUGAGAACACAUACUCAAGGACAAGCAUUCUGUCUCUCCGUUUUUCAUCAUUGGCAAAUUGUACCGGGUGACCCUCUUGAUAAAAGUAUUGCCAUACGGCCGCUUGAACCUCAACCUGCCACGCAUUUGGCUAGAGAAUUUAUGCUGAAGACUAGGCGGCGCAAAGGACUAUCCGAGGAUGUUUCCAUCAAUAAAUUUUUUGAUGAUCCUAUGCUUCUAGAACUUGCUAGACAAGAUGUACUUUUAAAUUAUCCUCUGUAGAACUUUAAGUAAAGAAUAAACUUAAGAAAAGUAUUUUAAGGAAUAUAUCAAACAAAUCUUUUCUCUGUGUUUUUUUGACAUUAUUUGAUAUGCCUUGUCAAACUGAUCAUUAAAGUCCAUUCUCAAAACA